GAGUCAGAAGAGAAGAUGGGUUCCAAUUUCAUGGGUGUUCAUCCAAACAAAACCAAACAAAACGCAACCAGAAUCCAAUUCCUUCAAUCUUUCUUCCUUUUUCGUCCUCCAGAUUUGUGCCUGAUCCUCAUCUCCCUUCCGAGCAAAAAUGACCGUCAUCGACAUCAUCUUCCGUGUCGACGCCAUCUGCCAGAAAUACGACAAGUAUGAUGUCGAGAAGCAGCGCGAGCUCAAUGCCUAUGGAGACGAUGUCUUUGCUCGCCUCUUCGCCGCCGUUGAGCUCGAAAUCGAAGCCGCUCUCAAGAAAUCUGAGACCGCCGCGACUGAGAAGAAUAGGGCUUCUGCAGUUGCGAUGAACGCCGAGGUACGCCGGAAGAAGGCCCGAUUGAUGGACGAAGUCCCUAAGCUCCAUAAAUUGGCCCGCAAGAAGGUUAAAGGGGUUCCGAAAGAAGAGCUUGCGGUGAGAGGCGACCUUGUUCUUGCGCUUGAAGAGAGGAUUAAGGCGAUACCGGAUGGGGCUACCUCAGCAGGCAAACAAUCUGGAGGAUGGGCAUCCUCCUCAUCAUCUAAAAACAUCAAGUUUGAUUCAUCAUCAGAUGGAAACUUUGAGAGCGAGUAUUUCCAGCAAAGUGAAGAAUCGAGUCAGUUUCGGCAGGAGUAUGAAAUGCGGAAGAUGAAACAGGAUCAAGGUCUCGAUAUCAUAUCUGAAGGAUUGGAUAUGCUGAAAGAUCUAGCUCAUGAAAUGAAUGAGGAAUUAGACAGGCAAGUUCCAUUAAUCGACGAGAUAGACGCAAAGGUAGACAAGGUGACUAAUGAGAUUAAAAAUACUAAUGUUAGACUCAAGGAAACACUCUAUGAGGUGAGAUCCAGCCAAAACUUUUGCAUUGAUAUUAUUCUUCUAUGUGUUAUUCUUGGAAUCGCUUCUUACUUGUACAAUAUAUUAAGCUGAGAUUAUUUAAGAGCUUCUUGUCUCACUUAUUUAAGUUACGAGGUAUCGUGGAGGAGCAUUCAUCAACUUGAACAACGUUUUUCAAUGAUCUUCUUACCUAUGGGUAGAAUAUCUUUAUUUCAUUACUGAAUUUACUGUCACGCAUUCACUAAGCUUUUAUGUAAUUGGAAGAAUUCAAAUAUCAAGAUUAUUUUCUUGGCUUUGGUUUA